AUGACGUCUUCUUUCCUUCUCUUCAACCUCCCUUUCGAAGCGAUUCUCCACGUACUCAAAUCUAUGGACUAUGGGGAAUUCAUCGCUAUUUCAUUACUUUCCAAAAGAGCAAAGCAAUCUGUGGAAUCAAUGAAUUUGUAUUGUAGAAAGGCAUUCGCUUUCAUAUCCAAUCCCAUUAGGUUAUUCAUGUACUUUGACGAAGCAGGCGUGGAAUUGAGGUUCACAGCGGAUAACGUCUCGGAAGAACAAACGAGUGGUUCUUUGUCAUUAACGAAAAAAAUGGAAUUGGAAAUAUAUAUUAAUAGAUUAGUAAAAAUAGAAUUGAGUAUGAUCGAAGUUUGCAUUAAGAAAUGGUUCAAUCAUCUCAAUGCAGUUUUCCAUUUUUCCGAGUUGAAUUGUCUGCAAUUCGGUGAGAAUACAUCCCGUUUUGAUAUCAAAGAGCUGCAAAUCAUGUUCUGCAGCUACGAUGUACUUCGUAUCUCAAGUGAUAAUGAAUCUGACUUGAAAUCAAUUUUGAAACAUUUCCCAACAAGACGACUGUUCUUUGAUAAUGAUGUUUUUAACCACCUGGAGAACCCAUAUCCAGUAUUAAUUCAAAAUUAUGACAAACUUGUGAUUGAUCCAGACAUGGAGUCACCAAAUACCUUGCAGUUCGAUGAUCUACUAAUCAUAAACAGUAAAACAAUAGAAAUCUAUAAUAUGAACUGGACGGUAAAAAAAGUCAACAGAUUACUGAAACAUUGGAUAAAAGGGUCUAAUCCCCGUAUGGAAAGACUUGCCAUUCAUUUUUUCUCACUUAAAGUUACUAACCUAUUUGAAAUUUUGAAAGGAAUCAAAUACGUGGAAAUGCCUGCUGAGCAUACGAGAUGGUUCAAAUCCUGCAAGGGAUUCGAAGCAGUUAGAGGAGGACAUGACUUCUAUAGAUGUGAUGGGACCAAAGCGACAUUGACUAUCCCGGCAUAUACCACUCACAUGGUGGAAAUGUACGUCUGGUAUCCACAUUGUGUGGGAGAGGUGGAAGAAAUGGAAAACUAA